AUGACCCUCCAUAAAGAUGGUGGGCGGAUGUGUCUUCCUACAAACUCCGAGUUUACUUCCUCCACCGCUUGGUGGGGCUAUUAUCGCUCUCGAGCAGCCCCUGUCAUCUCCGCCGCUGCUCGUCGAGACCUAGGCUACUCUACGGACGUUAUGCACGGGCCUCAAAAACCUGGGGCUAACGUUAUCGAUGGCAGGAUUUUCUCUCUUUCUUCGCCAGAAGAUGUCGUGGAACAUUUUGUUAUUUCGCCGUCGGCCUGGUGCGUUCAAGAUCUGGGUCCAAGCGUCGGUGCCCUUUUCAAGGCCGUGCCCUUCUCGCAGCAGAAACCUCAACGUCGUAAAGUGGCAUUCCUAGUCGGCGUCACAUAUUCGGAAUCUUUACCGGAGCUCGUAUGGAUGUCGAAAGAGCCUACGAACGACGUAGCCUGCGUGAAGGAGGUCCUUACCGAACGCUUCACCUUCAAGGAAAAGGACAUCAUCGUGCUCUCGGAGGGCGAUCCGUCUUCUGAUUGUCCAACGCAAGAGAAUAUCUUGGAGCGAUGCAUCUUACACGAGGACAACGUCGACUAUUUCUUUCUCUUUUCGGGCCAUUCCUCUCAACGAGACGACGCUACCGGUAUCGAGGAAGAUGGGCAAGAGGAGUACGUCAUCCCAUGCGACGCUAUUGACCCUAGCGACGGUUAUAUUAUCGAGGAGAAAAUCAUCACAGAUAAGGUGUUGAACACGAUGCUCGUAAUGCGUCUGAGGAAGGGUUGCCGACUCCUGGCGAUUGCCGACUCUUGUCACUCCGGAACUCUUCUCAGUGCGUCCUCGCCACGGGUUACUCAUCGUCCGCUGAUCGAGGAUCCACAGAUCUACGCCAUCAACGUUGUAAUCGAGCAGGAGAUUUCAAGAGUACACUACACCAUGUUGCUCGACGUGGGAUGUCCCUCUCGACCCUCUUCUGUCGUUGUCGAACCUAUCUUCGAUUGUUUCCGUGGCACAUCCCCCGCAAAGACGAUUAGCGAAAUGACAAGAGCUGCUCAGGAUUCUCUCCUCGCCUGCCAAUCAAGAUCGGCGAGAAGCCUCUGGCGAUCUGCGUCUCUGCUUGUAAAUAUCAUGGGCAGACUUUCCAGUCUGGAAGGCGCAAAAAUCCAACGAUAA